GGGGCGGCCGCGGCGGGAUAAGCGGCGGCGGGACUCAGCCGGGCGGCGCAGCAAGAUGCUGAAGCUGGACGUGGCCGUGAGCGCGGUGCGGCUGCGGGCGUCCUCGCAGCGGCGGCAGCGGACUCCGGGGAGGGCUCACACGGUGUUCAAAGUGGAGAUUGUGUGUAAUGGAAGGAAACAUUGCGUGGAGAAGCGCUACAGUGAGUUCUACGCGCUUCACAAAAGGAUCAAGAGGAAUUGCCAAGUUCCUGAUUUCCCACCCAAGCGUGUGCCCAACUGGAUGGUGAAGGUUCUGCAGCAACGGCGUGCAGGCUUAGAAGCUUAUCUGCAGGGGGUCAUCUUGCAGAACCAAACGCUUCCCAAGGAGUUGCUUCGUUUCCUGAAGCUCUGGCAGGAACAGCAGGAGCCCCCUUUGGUAUGGGAUGAGAAUUCUUCCUUGCAUGACUCCAGUCCCAGUGCCCAGCUCUCUCACCGGCCUGUCGUAAGCUUCCACAGCGAUCCAUAUGUGCUCCCAUCCUCCACUGACUUGCUUCCAAAUAUCAUCCUGCGAGGUGUCCUGCAGGGCCUCUACACCCGAGACCAUCAUCUGCCUGGAAUCAAAGCUCUUCAUGGACUGGGGGUUGCAAAGGACAAUGACAGCUACCCACAGAUUUGGCCUUCUGCUCCUUUGUUUCCUGCCUAGGGGAUGAGUCAGCUGUCUGCUUUGGAAGAGCAGCCUGCAGCUUCUCUCGCAUUCAAAGUGGAGCACACGGGCAGAGGGCACAGAGCUCACAGACUGGGCAAGCAUGCUUGUCAGCUUCACCCGCUGGGGGGAAAAAUCCGGUGCAGAUCAUAUGUUUGUUGUGUAGGGUACCAAUUAAAUGCACUGUGGUUUGGA